GGGUUUUUAGAAAAGGCUGUGUUUUUACUGAGUUUUAAUAAUUAUUUCGGUAGAUUGCUUUAAUCAAUCAUUACUUCAAUACCGACUGAGGAUAAAAAGAUAUUUUAAGUUUUUACCAUUUGGGAAGCAAGAAACCAAACGACUAAAGAUGCAGUUCGAUAUUCGAAGGUAAUUUAUAAUUUUAACAAUUAAAAAACAAUUAUUUUAUUCUAAAUAUAAUAUAUAUAUUAAAUAAUUUUAGUAGCGUCUAUCGGUCCGGUGGUCUCUUAAUUUUAAGUCUACACUACACUACACCGGUAUACCCACUACACCUACCAGUCUGAGUAGUACUACUAGUCGUAACUAGUGCCCAAAUUCACAACAAUGUAAUUGACAACUAAGCAAUUUUUUAAAGCAUAAAACGGUAUGAAAGUCUGCCAAUGCGGAGGAUAGUCAACAACUGAAGCCAAGAAAAAACAGAAUGUCAUCCUUCUUGAACUUGUUUUGGCUAAUUUGGAAAGAUAGUACCCUAACUACAUUUAAGUGUCUUGUCCCUAGUUCUGAUAGGGUCAAAACCCUGGUUCCGUUAGGGUCAAAACCCAGAUAAGGGAUAGGUUAAGGUUCAGGUUAGGUUUAGCUUCGGCUUUAAGCUACAGCUAAGGGAUAGAUUUAGGGUUCAGGUUAGGUUUAUGGAUACAUUUAGGACAUAAAUUCGUGGGUCGCCGCAACCAAGAUGGUGGCCGCGGUACUAUCUCUCCAAAUUUACCAACAUAAUAAUGUCAGUAAUAUCACAUUUGAAUUUGGGCACCUAAACUGGAUGAUUACCCCUCCUGCCUUCCUAUAUUAACAAACCUACUUAUUAAUUUACUAAGAUGAGUACUACUUACUACUACUUACUUACUACUUGGUAAGUACUAAAUACUUACUACUACCCACUUGACUAACACACUCACACUCUGUAUGACUCAGAAAGUCACUUUCUUAAUUUUAAGGUUUUAGAAUAUUUAAUAGGUUUCUUUUUGUCUUUUUCACUAUUUCAGAAGGCCUUAACUUCUUUAAUUUUUCAAUAAUAAGUAGGGGCUUACCAACCGUUAGUGCCGCCAGGUACAGGCCAAGAUUUUAGCUUGGUUCCUUCCACAAAACAGUGGCCUCAGUGGGCGAAACCGAAAAUGCCACCCCAUCAAUACAAUAAAUGACAAUAUAAUUUAAAGUAAAAAGUGCAGCCAGGGGUACAAUGCUCCCUCACCAACACCCUUUCUACAACCUACGGCCCUUUUUUAUAACAAUUGAUGCAACAAAGAGGCUGAUUUCUGUAUUUGUGCUAUCACGCAUGGACUAUUGCAAUGCUCUCAUACUCAUGGUGGAUCUUCCAGCUACGCUCCUGGAUAAAAUUCAAAUAGCACAGAAUAAUGCGGCUCGCAUUGCUCUCCGCAAACGCAAGUUCGACCAUGCAAAAACACUUCUGAGAGAGUUGCACUGGCUGCCGGUGCGCGCUCUCAUAGAGUACAAAAUCGCAACUUUGUGCUACUGCUGCUUACAUGACCUGGCGCCGUCCUAUCUGAAAGAGCUGCUGACGCCUUAUGUACCCACUAGUGGCAAACUCUCGACACCACGUGUUUGCCUUGAGACUUACGGAAAGCAUACUUUCGCAAUUGCUGGUCCAACAAUUUGGAACGCCCUUCCUGUCGAUCUCAGAAACAACCAGACACUGGAGUCCUUUAAAACCGAUUUAAAGACACAUCUAUUUCGCAAACACCUUCUGGGAUGAUUGUCUACCUUAUUUUCCAGUUAAUGCAUAAUGGCUGUGUUGCUUAUGGUUGAAAUGGCUAGAAAGACUUUGACAUUGUAUGCUUGUAAUUAGUUUUUGUAGUGUUGCAUUUGUUUUAAAUGUGGUAAAUUAUAGAUUUGUUUUUUGUUGACUUUGUCCAGCGCUUCGAGCCUUUGGGGAUGAAGCGUGUUUUUGAAAUGAACUUUAUUAUUAUUAUAUAUAUAUAUUUUGAGAGUGGUAUUUUCAGCCAACUGCAGUUUUUUUCGUGGUGGGGGGGGAGAUCUUUUUAUUAAACUGCCUAAGCUAAAUACUAAAUUCAGUAAUUUACUUUGUACUGCAGUGCAAUGAUAGCUUUGCGACACUGUCCUAUCCAUGAGGUAGAAGGUUCAAUUUUUGUCUGAGGUCACUCCCAGCUAUAGCAUUGACCACAAGAAUAGAAAGAGAUUUUCGACAGGGACAUCACUUUUUUUGUAUGUGCUGGUUGUUAUAGGGGUGGAGAUUUAAAGCACAUGAAAUUAGGUACCUCAGAGGUUUUUAAAAUUGUAGGGAGGUCACAGGUAAUUUGAUUUAUCACUGUAAGAUUUUCAUGCUGACAUCGUCAUGAAGAGAAUGAAGAAACGACAGUGAUAUUUUGACAUCCUCUUAGAGCUCAUAGUUAUGGUCAUCUAAAACAAGUACUAUGGAUACUGUGCACUAACAUACAAGUACUAUAGAUACUGUGCACUAACAUACAAGUAGAUGAGAUUCUCUACAAAUAUAUAACAAUAAAGGACAAAAAUACAAUUAUAGAAUUUUCAUUCUUGUGUGGCACCAAUUUCUUAUUUAGCUGGCCACUCGUGGAGCAGCUGCAUUAUUUAGUUUGAUACUUAACAUUUUAUGGCUACAUUCAAAGUUAAAAAGCAAACAUAGCUUCAAAAAUUGAGUAAUUUUUUUCUAUAUAUUAAGAUGAAUUCUUGAUCAUGAAAGAAACCCUAUAGAAAACUUAAAGGUUUAUUUUUUAUUGUUUAAUUGUAAAUAGAAAAUAUAAUUAUUUUAAUCAGUAUUUUAUUAAACUGUGUUAAAAAUAACUGUUAAAUAUAUUUUCUGAAAUUUUCAGAUUUGAUAUCUACCGGAAGGUGCCAAAAGACUUAACUCAACCCACUUUGACUGGAGCAUUAAUUUCUAUUUGCAGCUGUCUAUUUAUGACAUUUCUUUUUAUUUCUGAGCUUAGAGACUACCUGACUGUUGAUGUGUAAGUUUUAAUUUUUUUAUUUCUUCAUUAGACUUAUUUCUUUCAUUUUAAUAAACAUUUAAUUAAGUCCUUUUCUUUCUUUAUUUUUUAUAUAUAAACAUUUUUUAUCAGAUCCAUUGCAAUAGCUCCAUCUUUAUCUCAAAUCUCAUGUCCAAGAGUAGACACAUUUUCCCCUUUUGUCAUUUUCUAUGUCAAAAAAUAUUAAACAAUUUGUAUUUUAUCAUACACUCUGUGAACAGACAAAGUGUUCUUUCGGUGGAGGAUCCAGUCAAGCAUUCUGAAAAAAUUCCUGUUUUCAUUAAUCUUACAUUGCCAAACAUGCCUUGUGAAUGUAAGUCUGUUUUGUAAAACAAUAAAUACCUUUAGCAAGUGUUUGGAAAUUAAUUGUGAGAUUUUAAGAAAUUAGCUGAUUUUGAAAUUCGGCUGCAAUAAAUUUUAUCUUCCAUACAACUAUAUACUGGUACGUGGUAUUGAGAGCUUUGAGUUACUAAAAUUUUUGAAAAUGAAAGCUUCAAAUACUAAAUAUCUUUGUCUUUCUCAGACAUUGGUCUUGAUAUUCAAGAUGACAUGGGUCGUCAUGAAGUAGGGUUCAGGGACAACACACACAAAGAUCCAGUCAAUGAGGCUAAAGGCUGCAGAUUUGAGUCUCAUUUUCUAAUAAAUAAGGUUGUUCAUUCGUUGAAAUUAAAGAGGUUGAAUAUGGAGAUGUUAAUUUAAAAGAUUAUUGAUAAUUCACUACCAUAAUAUUGCUAUAGUGCUGUAAACAAAUAUGUAAAUGUAACACCUGCUAGUUGCCUGAUUUCACUGUGUUAAAAUACCUUAUAUUUGAAAUGUGACAAUUCUUAAUAGAAUAACAUGUUAAAAUGCAUGUAACUUCUUUAAAAUUGUAUAAAUGAGAUGAAUGGAUAACUAUAUUUGAUAUUUAUAAUUUUUUCAACAGGUGCCUGGUAACUUCCAUAUUUCUACCCAUUCAUCCCACUCCCAGCCAGACAACCCUGAUAUGACUCAUAUAGUUCAUAAGCUACGUUUUGGUAUGGACCUUGAGGAAGGAAAGGUUAGUUUAAAAUUUACUGUAAGAAACAAUUAGUAAGUGUAUUCCACAGCUGAACAGUUGGCAUACAAUUAAAAAAAGAAAUUUUUAUUUUUCCAAUGCAACUCGAAUAAUAUCUCCUGGAGAGUUCUGAUUCUGUAUCUUGAAACUUCUGGACAUUGAUCCCUUUUAACCAUAUGACAGUCAGGUUUUAUCCUUUUCACAACCAGAACAAAUUUUGAAGUAUUUUGGGAUCACCAAAAAAGGUGAUCAUAUAUUAUUUUUUUAAAAUUCAAUUAACGAAGAAUAUUCACCACAUACUUCCUCUCACUCAACUUUAAUCUCCAAAAAUGCAUUUCUGCCAUUAGUGCUAUGAAAUUAUACAGAUAAAUUAUUUGGAAGUUGAACCAGAAGUGAGAUAAUUUGUAACUUCUUGAAGGCCUCACUAAUAUUUAAAUAAAUGCAAAAUGCCAGCAGAACACCCCCAUAUAUGUAAUGUUAUUGUAAAAUAUAAAUUGUAUAAAGAUAAUUUAAUUCUUCUUUAAGAAUACCUAUACUUUUUCCUUGUGUUUCAGAAGAAAAAAAAUUUAACAACAUUGUCUACUUUAUUUGUUAAAUGUUAAGUGAUUGUCCUCAACCUAAACUAUGUGAUUUGAGAAUGUGGUCCACUGAUGUAAAAUGAUGAGAACCACUGGUUUAGUGUAAAAAAAACACACAAAAACCAGGGCCCGAGGCAGCCAGAUGUCAAAAUAAGUCCAACCACUAUGUUUGAAGAUAUUGCUUCUCCCAAAACAAACAGCCAAUAAAUAUCUAUACUAAUAAAGAACACCUGUUACCUUCACAUCUGGUGUCACACUUUUAGAGCUUGUGAGCAGAUAUCACUUAUUAUUUUUAUUAUAUAUUAUUGAUAGGCUCUUGUGCUUUGUAACCGCAACUCUAUUUUAUGUGUGAGUCAUCCACAUCCACCCCCACCCCCCAAAAUCCCCAUCCUCUCAGUUUAAAAAAUAAAUCUGUUUAGUUUUGAUAAUUUUAUAUAUAUUUUUUCCCCAGAAUGUUAAAGGCUCAUUUAAUCCUCUGGAAAAUGUUGACAAAAAAGCUUCAAAUCGUAAGUAGCUUGAUGCUAUAAAAUGUUUAUAUCUAAACUCUAGUCAUUAAUUUUAUGGUUAGUAUGAAUAGAUUGUGAGAGAUAGGUUGGCAUUGCUGUUUAAAAAAUAACUUAGAGCAUUGUUUUGGAGUGAGGAGAAAGAUUCCUUUGCUUACUCUCCUUAUUCAGUUCAAGAAUUCUUUUUAGGAUCCGGUAAAAGCUUAAUUUAUUUAGUUGCAGUCAGUUUUGUUUGAGACCUCCACACUUUAUAGUUAGAGACAUAUUAACUCAGUGAGAAAAAACAAAACUUUAAAGUAAUUUAAAGGAGAAGUUGCAUUUGAAGGAAUUAUCGAUUUAUGUGACUUUAUUAAGCAAAAAAUAGGAGCUUUUGCUGAAACAAUAUUUUUUCAAAAUUAUUUUUUUUUUAAAAUUUGCUUGUUAAAAAAAUUACUCAUAAAUUUCAAAAUUUCAUUUUGAUUGUGGAUUUUUCAUUAAAUACAUUAGCUUUUUCUUUCUCCUUGAAUUGCAGAUGUAAAUGUUUUGGUUUCAUUUUUUAAAAUCCUCAGCCAUGGCCACCCAUGAUUAUAUUCUUCGUAUUGUUCCAUCAGUCUAUGAAGAUAAACGUAACAAUAUCCGCUAUCCAUUCCAGUAUACCUACUCAUAUAGGGUAAGUUGUUACCUUAGGGUUUUUGGUCAAAAGUAACUUAUAAAAACCUAAACUAGAUAUUUCAUUUUUUUCCAUAGUUUGUUUUGAAACAUCAUGGUCCUGCACCUCAGAUGUCAUCAUGUUUUUGUGUGUGCUCUGUUAGCUUCUAUAGUUUCCCUAGUGUUUGUUUUGUUCUAAGCAGCAAACAAUGAAGUGAGCCUUUUGAGCCCACAUGAGUAGGAAGACUUAAGUGUUCAUACCAACCCUUAGUGCAGUGGACCUUUAGCGACCUUUUUUUAGCCAUUAUCCCAAAAUAUAUUUGUUUACACCAAUGUUACCCCCUUAAUUUGAAAGAAAGAAAAUCAUAGACCAUUUAAAAUCAAAAUGGCCAUAGGAUAAGACAAUUAUAAACAUAAAAGUAAAAAUAAAUUCGAUAAAAGUACUUAAUAAAAUCCACAUUAGGGAACAAAAGGAUUUCUUUGAAAUAAAAUUCUUUUCAAAUUGUGCAGAAAUCUUGUUUUAAUUUGAUACAAUGACAUCGAAAUUGGGGAUUUUUUAAUAACAGAGCAAUUUGGAUACCACCUUUUGGGUCAAUUAAUUUAUUUCUUGUUUGUACAGGUAAGUUGUUGCAAAAGGCAGUAACCACUGACUGCCUCCUUGAGAGAUCUCCAGUCCCUUUUUAGCAUAGGCAAUAGCAUCACGCAGGGUUGGGGAUGACACCUGGCGACACCUUCACACGUUGAUACACCCUUACAGGGGGAUGACAACCUCAAAAAGGGAAGAUACCAAAUAAAAAAAGAGUACAUUAGUAGAUUUGACAGAGCUCAAUAAAGUCUUUUUUGUAACAGAUCUGAGAAAAACAUAUGAGCAGGAUGUCAUAAGGAAAAGGCACCACCAGAUCAGGGUGUCACCAAAGAAGGCAGACUUGGAGAAGGUUCAUGGGGAAAGUCUGGAUUGGGUGGUGGUGGGGUUGGGAGUGACCAUGAGUUUACCGCACUGGGUGAACAAUUCUAGUGUUGCCACUGAAAUAAAAAAAACAAGGCGACUAGGCCAAAAAUCGUGUAUAGAAGAAGAGACAUUAGAUUAUGCUAGGUUCCAAGACACUGCUGGGGACCACAAAAUGUUGAGUGCGUUUCACUGUUACAGAGGCCAGAUGCAUUGUUGCCUGAAAAAAAAUUAAUUAGUAAAAAGGAACGGGCUUUAAAUAUAAUUUUAUUUAUCUCUUUUGAGCUCACAUUAUCCCCAAUAUUUUAAUUUUUACAUCAUUAGGGGUAAUUUACCCAUUAGGGGUAAUUUACCCCAGUUCCCCAACCCAUGCUUUAGUGUUUGAAACGUAAUUGGGCAAUUUGAAUAUUUCUAUAGUUACCUUAUGUUUUACUGAUGAUCAUAAAUAUAAUGACAUUACAAUGAUUUUCUGUUGCCAUUCAAAAGUUAUAUUGGCCAGAAAUUUGAAUAAUAGGAACAUGUUUAGUUUUUUUUAUGUAACUCACUUUUUUUGCAAAAAAACUCAUUGUGUCAUUUCACCGUCAUCUUUUCCCCUGUACAUAUUUCUUCUUUAUCUAUAGCAUCGUUAUUUUUUAUCCUUUCACAUUAGAAGAAUAACAGAAACAUGAACGUGUUGAAAUUGAUUUCUAACCGUGCAAUUGAUAUAACUUCAUGUUUUGGAUUUUUUAAAUCCUCUUUCAAAAAUAAUAUAGGACAUCAUCCAAAUGGGUCAUGGUGGUGUUGCUUCACCUGCUAUCUGGUUCCGUUACGAUCUUAGUCCAAUAACAGUACGCUACACUGAAAAAACAAAACCAUUCUACACCUUUUUAGUUAUGGUGAGCAUACAAUUAUUUCUUCCUUUCAUAAUUAUUUAAAAAUAUAUCUAUUGUAUAUGGUGGGGAAGUAUUUCAAAUUAACUGUAACAAAUAGUCAUUUUUAUGCCCACAAAUGUAUAGCUUUGAGAUAGGCUUAAAUCUCCUUCUAUUUUAUUGCUCUUUGCUUUCCUUCUCAUCUCUAGGUUUGUGCUAUCAUUGGUGGGACCUUCACUGUUGCUGGAAUCAUUGAUGGUCUGGUGUUUUCAGCUUCAGAAAUCAUUAAAAAAGCUGAAUUGGGGAAAUUAAGUUGAUUGUCAGUCAUUUAGGCUCUGUUCUUGUUUGUUGUAUGAGCUUCAAAAAUGCUGAAAAAUACUUACAAUGGUUUUAGAUUUAAAGUCUAUAUUUUAAAUAUGAAUCACUUAAUUUAAAGGGAUAAUUACUUUGCAUCCAUGAGCAAUUCUUGCUUUAACUCAUUAGUUGUAACACUAAGUCUCUAAUUAUUUAUAUACCAGGUUCAGUUAUGUCAUUAGUUUUAUUUUUUUUUUUAAGGUGUUAUUUUUGAUUGUAUAAAUGAUUUGUUGAUGUUGCCCUAAUGCCAUAUAAUAAAAGUUUGUAACUGAGGUAAAAGAUAUUCUCAAAAAAAAAAAAAAAUCUGUCAUGACUUAAUUAUCAAAAUUUUUAUUUUUUUUUUUAAGGUGUUUUUUUUGAUUGUAUAAAUGAUUUGUUGAUGUUGCCCUAAUGCCAUAUAAUAAAAGUUUGUAACUGAGGUAAAAGAUAUUCUCAAAAAAAAAAAAAGAUCUGUCAUGACUUAAUUAUCAAAACCAUUUCAAGCAAAUUUGUUGGCUUUGAAAAUGUCUUUUUAACCCAGAUCUGCUGAACCUACUUUCGAUGUAAAAACUCUAAGCAUACCUAAGCAUAAAAAAUAAAUAUAAAUCAUGAAAGGCCAUUGUUUUAUUUCACAUUUUUAGAAAAAAGUGAUUGAAAAUUUAUAAUCAAGGUAAAAAAUACAGUUAUUAAGAGAAUAAUGUCUAAAUUUGAAAAUCUGUAAAUUUUAAGAAUUAUCUAUAGAUGUACCUUACGAAUUGGAAAGUUUGAUUCAGAUAAAUCAACUAACUUGCAAGAAUAAUUAACUUCACUUGAGCUUGAAAAGGCAUUCUAAACUUUUAAUUCGAGUAAAUAUUUUAUGAUAGAAGAUAGGCAAAUUUUGAUAUAUUCAAAAAUAGUUCUGUUCUCAUGAGAAUUAAUAGUCAACUUUAGAAAUUGUGUUGUACAGGUGUUAGGUUGCUAGGUGCCCUUAACAAACAUAUGACAGCAACAUUGGGCAUCAAGCAGAAAUUCUUUCUAAAGGCAAUGGGGAUGGCGGUUUAGUCAGGAGUGGGUUAAAAAAUGCAAACAUUUGAGACAGCAUAAUGACUAAAUGAUAUCUAUUGUUUUUUUUAGUUAAUGCCAUUUAGAUUUUAUCUCUUUAAAUUUUUCACAUCCCACCACAAAUAAAUACUGCUGUAUGUUAAUAAUAAUGUGCUGCAAAUAUCAACCAUUAAUUUUAAACCACAUCUUCUCUAUUAUUUUAAUAUUUUUUGGGGGAAUAUGCAUGAUGUAUGGCGCAAUUGCAAGUAAACAUUUUUUUUUUUUUUUGAUGUCAAACAUUCCAUUCUGUAUGGAAUAUAUUUAUUGAAGUAAUCAUUCCUUUUUUGAAUUAAUUUUUUUGCUCUUUCGAUUUUUAUUUUAAUAUUUUUUGGGGGAAUAUGCAUGAUGUAUGGCGCAAUUGCAAGUAAACAUUUUUUUUUUUUUUUGGAUGUCAAACAUUCCAUUCUGUAUGGAAUAUAUUUAUGGAAGAAAUCAUUCCUGUUUUGAAUUAAUUUUUUUUCAUGGUUUGUAAGAAUGCAUAUUUGAAUUCCAAAUUAUUACCUCAAUGGCAGAUCCUAUGGGGUUUCAAUAUAUGUUUUUUAAAGGUUAUUGUAUGAUGAGGGAAUUUAAAUGACUAUUGAAAUUGAACAGAUGUUUUGCUAACUUUGCUUUUGAAUGAUGAAAGUGCAAGGUCAUCUAAGUAACAUUAUUUCACACUUUAUGUUCAGUACAUCAGUUUCUUCAACAUCUGUGAACUCUCAGUUAGGUUUCAUUCAGCUAAAUAUGGAUUUGCUUGUCAUGGUUAUUUUAAUUUAAAAAGUGUCAGUAUUUUGUCACUUUGUUAUUUCUCUUGUAUGAACAGUAUAUUUUGUUUCUUUCCAUAAAAAUGGCAACUUUUUAUCAUUCUAAUUUUUCUCCCUGGAAACCUAAUAAAAUUUAACUGAGAGCAUUUUCAAAUUCAGGAAUAAAUUUUCUUGUGAAAACAUAACAUUUUUAAAUAAAAAUAUUUACAUGAGUUUCACCAGUAUAUUACAAAAUAGAUCUAAAAAAUAAUUAACUCAUAUUUGCUUCCAGAAUGAAGUCCCAUUUCUUUAUUGAUAUUUAUCUUUUUUUUAUAUAUCAUUUUCAACAUGAGUUACUUGAAAAAAAAUCAGCUUUUCUUCCAAUAAACCUUCUUACUUGCUCCAAAUGCAGUCAGUAAUGAAGAUUAUAUAAUUAGUUCUUACCACAUCCGUAUAAAAAUGUGAUUAUUUAUAAUGAAAUCUUUAUAUUAACCAUUGAUAAUGAUGUUAAGAUGAAUACAAAUGUGAAUGUACAUUCCAGCGUUACUGUUGCUUGUAACAAAGUAACUCUAAGAAAUUUAAAAUAAUAUUUACACAACUAUUCCCCAGAAUGCACCAUUACCUUUUUUAAAUAUUAAUUUUGCCCCUAUAUUGCGGUCUUCCACCGACCCUUGGAUUCACUGCCCAAGUUUUAUUUAAUAGUACAUGCCCAAUCUUCAUUGAAAUAAGUCAGACUUGAUAAACUAAUUUUCAACAAACUUGUGUUUUAAUUUUAGCUUAUUUGUCUUUUUUAUUUAAAUAAAAUAAAAUAAAGACUUGAUUAUUUAAUGUCGUAUUU